AUGUCGACAAACUCGUCCUGGCUACGGGAUCGGAGAAGGUCAGGACCGCCAUUGUCUCGCCUCCCGACGAUACAUGGUCCAGCUCGAGGGCCGGACAAUCAGCGUUCGAUCCAGACCCCUCGAUUCCUGAAGGCCUUCCUGCAGGCUCGUCGAGGCUUUCGGGUCGAGAAAGGCGAGAAUAUCUGGCACUACGUCCACGUUCAAGGCAGAUCCAAUCUAUACUUGUUGCUGGGUGAAGCGGCUUCGCUCGGUGGGCCGCCGGCAACUUGGAACGACCAAGGUUGUCAUCUCGCCGAGGCCGGUUCGUUUGCCUGGGGCGACAUUCUCAGUAGACUGACAGAGCUCGGCCAUCAAAAAAGCGUGCUGGACAGUCCUGAAGCCCCGGUUCUGGAUCCGGAUGGGGUGGACAAGCUUGUGCUGCGAGGUAAAUACUUGGCCGGGACCAAUUCACGCGGUAUUUCGCUACGUGGCAAGAAAAUUCUGAGGUGGCAACCGAAGAUGCCGGUAAUAGAAGAUAGCCUGUCGGAUGCUAUCGACGUCGAGGCACAUUUACUAGGACUUUCUAGUGUUAGAUUGUGA